UUAGUGAGGCAUCAGAUGGAUCCCAGAGUCCCACCAGCUAUUGAUUGUCAUGCCAGGUCUAGUUUGUCACCCUCUGAGAACGAAUGGGCCUCUCUCUCUCUGUCUCCCUCUCUCCCUCCCUACCUCUCCCUUGCUUCUGUGUCCCCUCCCUUUCCUCCCUCCCCUCUCUCCCUUUUCCUCGGUGGUCCUUUUUCUUCUUCCCUUCAGUCUUCGCUUUGUAAGGAAGGAGGAAGGUGAUGAAGGAAGAGAAGGAGGGAGAGAGAGUGAAAAGGAAUGAACAGGAAGGCAGUAGAGAGGAAGGGAAGGAAGAAGGCAGAAAGGGAGGGAGAGAAAAUGGGAGAUGGAAGAAAAAUUACUUCAUUAUAUCUAUUUUUUUUUUGUAUUUUUCCUUCCUUUUGUUUUCUUUCUAGUUAAAAUGGAGACCGAAACGGGGAGAGAGAGAAAGAAAGAGGGGGAGAAAGUUAACAUUUAGUUCAUUAUUUUCAUUUUAUUUCGGGUCGUUAUUUCGUAUUUUUCCGGUCUUCCUCUUGUCUAUAUACGUGUCCCUCAUAUCCCUUCUCGCCCUGUGCCCUAAUCCGCCUCCUUCCCCUGGCGGUCGCUGUCUCAUGCACUCCUAGAAGGCCGUGGCUGGGUCUCGGCCGGGCCUCUUAACAGUCCCAAGCAGAUUUAGGUCGCGGAAUUGGGGUGUUUUUCUCGUCUCUUUUGUGCGGUUGAAGUGGAUGGAUUCGCUCACUUUUCCCGGCUACACGUUCACUCUUCUUGCCUCUCGCACGUUCACUCUUGCUUGCCCGACGUUUCAGCAAGGGAUCACCAGGGUUUAGGGGCCGGAUACACGGCUAUAAACGCUUAAUUAAUGUGCAGGUGAUCCGGGCCAGACACCUGACGGCCGGCGGGGCGGGUGUCUCAGUGACUCAUCCUCGUCCCCCUGGCGUCACUAGAUACGGAUGUGACGGGCAGAUGUGUGUGUGUGUGUGUGUGUGUGUGUGUCGGCGUGUGCGUGUGUGCGUGCCGGGCGUUGCGUGUCGGGCGGGUGUAUGAAGGGGACGUGCGUGCCGCCCCCCGCCCUCGCCUCCACGUGCGGGGAUAAUAACAUACAUGUAAAUCUUGCCCGGACUGCAGGACGCGGCCCCCCCCUCCUCCCCCCGCCCCCUGCCGCGUGCACGCCCCCUCCCUGCCCCCCCUCCCCAGCGUGCCCACCUGCGGGAUGCUGAUUUCAGCCAGACGUUUUUUAAGUUAAACUUUUAGCGUGUUGUGUUGUGUAGGUAAGAGGACGCAUGUGCGUGUGCGCACGCACAUGUAUACUAGUGUUUUGCGAGCGUCCGGCGGCCUGUGGCAUCACGCCGGUUGCCUGGACGCCGCAUUCCAGGCUGGAAUAUUGGCAGCGUGGAGGGCGCGCGUGUCAGUGCGCCUUUGGCCCUGUGAGAGAAAGGCUGCGGCCACCCCUGCGUCCCUGUCGUCUGUCCGCUUCACUCGCGUCCGUCAUUAUCGUGACCACUCGGGUCCCCCAGAGACUAACAGUGUUAAAGACAUCUUAACGGCGUGUUCUGUGCCUCACGUGUCAGUGUGUGGUACGUGGCGAGGCGAGGCCGUGCCGUGGGACUCAUCAUGCCUCCCUCGGCCGCCCGCCUGGCCGCCCCAAGCCCGGCCGGGGCGGAGGUCCAGCCGUGCCCCAGCGGACACUGAGCAGCGCUGGCCGAGGCCCCUUCGGGUGGCGGCAGUGGCCGGUUUGGGAGGUGCCCGGAGACGGAGGGGCGGGGGCGGUGACGAUGGUGUUGUGCGAUGGGUGACGGGCGGCCGUGGUGGGCGGGCCCGCGCCGCGUGCGCCGCGUGCACGGCCUCCAGCUGCCGCUCCACCCGCAGCAGGUGCUGGCGUGGCUGGUGAUGCUGGGCUUCACCUCCCUCAUGUACGGCGCCGUCCUCCCCGCCCUCCACUCCCGCCUGGCCUUACCCCUCGCACUGGUCACCGGCGUGGUCUUCGCCGUCCACGUCUUCACGCACGCCCUCGCCCUCGCCCUCGACCCCGCCGACCCGCAGCUGAGGGCGCGCAAGGACCGCCAGCAGGUGCCGGAGUUUGACCGCAACGUUCACAACCACGUGAUCGAGAACGGCCGCUGCCACCUGUGCAACAUCACGAUCACGUCCAACCGGACCAAGCACUGCAGCGCCUGCAACAAAUGUGUGGACGUCUUCGACCACCACUGUAAGUGGCUCAACCACUGCGUGGGUCGCCGCAACUACCGCAUCUUCCUGGCGUGCGUCCUGACGGCCAUCCUGGCCUGCCUCCUGGUCAUGGGGACCUGCCUCGCCGAGAUCGUGCUCUACUACUUUAAGAAGGAGUACCUGGCCCCCUGGGAGGAGCCGAGGCCUCAGCAGAACAUGCAGCGGAUUCCUGAGGCUAACGCCGACGAGGGUGACAGCUCCCUAACGUGCUCGGAGGGGGCGCCCUACUGCCACUUCUCCAUCUUCGGUGCUCUGGUGUACGACGGCGCCUUCAUCGGGCUGCUGUCAACGCUCUUCUCCGUGGCCUUGGUGGCAGAGGUUCUGUUGGUGCAUCUCGCAGCCUUCCACGCCUACAUCAUAUUCCUGGGGUUCACCACCUACGAGUACAUCCGCGGCCACCACCUGCGGGGCUCCAACUCGGCCCACUCCUUCAGCACGUACGGGCGGGACGGCGCCACGGAGAGGGAAGGUGCCGUGUGCGGCUGGGCAGUAACUCGUCGACCUCCAAGUAACCAGAUCACACCUUCGUCCACCACAGACACCGCCCUGCUCUCCACCGUCUCCGUCGACUCCCUCAACACCACCACCACUGCUGUAAGGUCACCUCGGUCUUCCGCCGCCUCCACCCCGGGACCCUCUCCCACCACGCCGUCGGAGGACUCCCGCUCCCCCGUGGUGGGGAAGAGCCCCCACCAGGGCCACGCCUCGCGCCUGCAGCAGCAGCAGGGUGGGCGCGGCGUGACCAGCAUGGUGUCGCCCACCAACUCGGCGCCCAGGACGCCCCCGACCCGGGUGUCUUCAGUGCCGCAGCUGCCGCAGAUCCAGACCGUGCGGUCCAGGGCGCAGCUGCGGUCCCUGAGCCGCACUGUGUCCACUGCGGUGAGCGAGUUCUCCGUCGAAGAGGAGGUGGAGGUGAGGACGGUGCCACUGCCUCGCCCGAGACCCUCCCGCCGCCGCCUCCGCUCCAGCAUCGCGCCGCACCUCUCCCCCAUCAAGGAGUGUGAUCAGACGGUGCCCAGUCCACCCACCGUGCGUGCCAUCCGCGAGGAGGCGAGUGGCACCCCAAGUCCUGCCGGGAGUCCCGCCCACAGCCCGGGACGCAGCCCGCGGACCAGCCCUGGCCGCGUCCCUCACACGCCGACCAAAGUGAGCCCGCUGGUGGGCGCCGCCGACGUGACGCGGCGCGCCAACGGGCACAGCGUCCUGAGCCGCGUGAAGAUGAACGGCAUGGCGGGCGAGAGUAACAGUUAUUACGGAAGGACCAGCUCGCUGCCAGGCGCCAGCACUGCCACACUGGUGGGGAAGGAGGGCGGCCAGGAGGGCUCGGGUUCUGUGUCGCAGAGCCCCAAGGGCGGCGUCGUGGCCGCCCGCUCGUGCCUGUCCCGGCCGACGCAGCCCCAGAACGGCGAGGCGACGCACGUGGAGCUGCACAUGUAGCAGGGGGCGACCCGCGCCUCGCCCGCGGCGCCCACGGUGAAAGUGACUCGCUUGUGACUCAAACAUAUUCAACUGGCCUUUGACAUUCAUAAUGAAGCUCAUAAGACGUUUUAUUACUGCCAAAGUAUUUUAAAAAUGGACUGGCAGCUUGAUGAUAAUAUAUAUUCUUACGUGAUGAUGAAAUUAUGAAUACUGGGGUGCCGAGGCGGCGGCAGCAAUACUUGUUGUGUUACUCUGUGGACCAGACGCGAGUCGUGCCAAGGCUCCUUCCGGUGCCCGACCGAUGCUUCCUGCCGGCGGGCAGCGGCCCUCGAGGCUGCCCGCCGGUCCUUCUCUUCACUGGCCGACGCGCCGUCUUGCCCGUGCCAACCUCUCUUAGUGUGUGUAGACGACACUUCCUCUCCUCGGCUUCCUGUGAGGCGCACCCUCAGCGGGACGCCGCGGCACCACUUCAUCCUCCGGCGGGCGAGGCUCUGAGGCGCACAUCAUCCUCCCUUGGGCCUAAGUGCCGCCUGGGGAGGGCGCUGCCGGGUGGGAUCUGCCUCAGCCACCAGCCGGCGAGUGCCCUCCCGAAGGCCCCGGAGGGGAAUGUACCGCCUGGCCGAGCCUCGGGUCGCGGCUUUCCGUCACGAGGCAGUAUUACUCUUGGCUUUACAACAUUACACCGAAAAGGCUGAAAAAUAUCCCGCAAACUGUUGUGACCCGAGUGAGUAACGCCCGGCAGCGGCCAUCCGCCUCCCCUCCUGCCUCCACUCAUCCCUCCCUCCCUCCCUCCCUUCAUCACUCCUUUCCUCCAUUUCUCCCUCUGUGUGAGUUCUGACCCACCAUCGCCAGGACGUUAGGAACACACACACACACACA